GGAGGAAGGGCAUCUGCCGCCGCCCCUUUCCUCUGUUGUUGUCGCCUUCGCUUCUCCGCCGCCUCUUUCACUCUAUCCUCGGGGAUGCGGCAAGAUGAAGAGGAAGGGGUUGGACUCUAAGCUCUGCCGAGGCGGCAGCCGGAAGAAGCGCGCCGGCAGGAGCUGCCACCGCAAGUUCUUGCAGCGCAGUUAGGUGGAUUGAUUGUACCAACCGUUGGUGCCGUGAUGGAGGAUUGCGGGCGUGGAGGCGUCCUCGAUGGCCGCUAUGAGCUCGGUCGCGUCCUCGGCCGCGGCACCUUCGGCAAGGUCCACCUCGCCCGCGACAUCCGCAACGGGCGGAGCGUCGCCGUGAAGGUGGUGGAUAAGGAGGCGGUCGUCCGCGCCGGGAUGAUGGAGCAGGUUAAGCGUGAGAUCUCUGCCAUGAAGAUGGUGCGCCACCCCAACGUGGUCGAGCUUCACGAGGUCAUGGCCACCCGUUCCAGGAUUUACCUCGCCAUGGAGCUUGUCCGCGGGGGCGAGCUCUUCGCACGGGUCGCCCGAUCCGGGCGCCUCUCCGAGGCCUCCGCCCGCCAGUACUUCCGGCAGCUGGUUGCUGCUGUCGAUUUCUGUCAUCGCCGCGGCGUCUACCACCGCGACCUCAAGCUGGAGAACCUCCUCCUGGACGAGCACGGCGACCUGAAGGUCGCCGACUUUGGGCUGAGCGCCCUGGUCGACCAUGUCCCCGGGGAUGGGCUCCUCCGCACCACGUGCGGCACGCCCGCUUAUGUCGCCCCGGAGGUGCUCGGCAGAAAGGGCUACGAUGGGGCAAAGGCCGAUGUGUGGUCCUGCGGUGUCAUUCUCUUCGUUCUUCUCGCAGGAUUCUUGCCCUUCCGGGAUGGUAACAUGAUGGCUAUGUACAAGAAGAUUUGCCGUGGUGAUUUCCAGUGCCCGCCAUGGAUUUCUUCCGGUGCCCGGCGUGUAAUCACCAAGUUGCUCGACCCCAAUCCUAACACGAGAAUCACUGUGGCCAAGCUCAUCGAGACAUCAUGGUUCAACAAGUGCACGGUGCAGAAACCGGUACCAGCACAAUCGACGACGGAGGAGAAGGGAAAGCAGGGGCAGGUGGAGGAGCCAGAGAAGUUGAAUGCUUUCCAUUUGAUAUCGUUCUCCGAGGGUUUUGACCUCUCUCCUCUGUUUGGAGGAGAAGGAAUAAGGGAGGAUGGAAUGAGGUUCACGACGAGGGAGCCAGCAAGCAGCAUCGUGUCGAAGCUGGAAGGCGUGGCAGCAAAGACAGCAGGAAAGUAUCGGGUGACGAAGAGCAGCGCAGCAGGAGUGAGGUUGGAGGGAGAGAGUAGGGGGAGGAAGGGGAAACUAGCGAUUGCCACACAGAUAUUUGCACUAGCACCAUCUGUGCUCGUGGUGGAGGUCAGGAGGGACGACGGUGACACCCUUGAGUAUCAGAAGUUCUGCGCAGAUGAGCUCCGCCCUGCUCUCAAGGACAUCAUCUGGUCAUCUUCCAAUUGCCAGACUGUUACUGCUUGUUAGAGGGAAAAUAGGGGGGCUGUUGUUACUCAGAUCAUUUUUCUUUUUCCGAAUUACGUCAUUAUGUUAACUUGAUUCUUGAUAGUUCCAAUCAAAAGUUUCAAACUUAGUUGGUGCUUUGUCUGUCGAAGAGAUCAUAGCAACUUAGUUGGUGCAUUUUCUGUCGAAGAGAUCAUAGCAACUUAAGUGCUAUCCUCCGUGUUCCUGCUACCUUUUCAUCUGUCUUGGUAAGAGUAUUUUUAGGUGUUUGAGUUGUCUGUAUUUCUCCAAAUGUUUCAGUUGGCAAUUUGAAGUCAAAUUUGGUUCUGCUUUUCUA